AUGCUUGCUCUGGAGGAACUCGAAAGUCGCUCAAGCCACUGGCUGUACUUGCGACUGUUCUACACCGAGACCUCGCUUGGCUGGGAGGUAGAAAGCGAUUUUUGGUAUCGCAAUAAGCCCCUUUUCUACUUCGUGGCUACAGCUUCUUCAGCUAUGAUGCUGUUCUCUACCCGGUCCUUUUAUCCGGGAGCGCGGACAUGGCUGGAUCUAGCAACCAUCUCUGUGCUGACCCUGGUCGCAGCCCCAGCUUUCGCAACUUUCUUCUUCAUGGUGGGGAAAUAUAAUCUGUUUCCCCUGAACGGCGUUGAGCGCAUGGACAAGUUCGGCUGCUGUACCCAGGCUCUUGUGUUUCCACGAUCUGGAGCGGUUGAUCUUCUAGAAGAAUUGCGGGGACAUCAACGGGGUGGCCAGACUGAUGCUCUGAUAGAAGAGUACGCAGAUCGGACAGGCUACGAGCGAUUUGCAUUGGCGCCCCAGGUCGUCCAGCACGUCGGACUUAUCUCGAGUAGGAACAAUCUGGAGAUCAACACGAAGAGCACAUGGGCUUUCUGGUUCGAGGCCCAGAACGGACGUGAGCUUCACCAUGAGCACAUGAGACUUGCAGCUGAGGUAGAUUGGCAGCGCCCACUCUCUGAUUAG